GUGUGCCUGUGGAAGUUGGAGUCACCAUGUACAUCCUGAGUAUCCCCCAAGUUUCCGAGGUCCAAAUGGACUUCACGUUGGACUUCUACUUUCGUCAAUUCUGGCACGAUCCUCGGCUGAGCUUCAAGAGAUUCCUGGACGAUCCCAACUUCAAGACAUCGAGAAAUAGACCUGACCUGGAUGUCCUCACCGUCGGCGUGGAAUACAUCAAUCGGAUAUGGGUUCCAGAUACCUUCUUUGCAAACGAAAAGCAGAGCUACCCUCACACGGCCACCACUUCCAACGAACUCCUCCGUAUCUCCAGCGACGGCAGCAUCUAUCGGGCUAUCAGGUUGACAAUCACGGCUGGGUGUCCGAUGGACCUCCGAUUCUUCCCAAUGGAUCGACAACUCUGUAGCAUUGAGAUCGAAAGCUGUGAGUCUUUCACCCUUGAUCUGCAGGCAUCACGUAAACAU